AUGCGCCCAUCUCUAGGCGAACGCUCAAUUUCUCAUGUACUAGAUCACUUUUUUGAGAGUGUAAAAAACCCUUGUUUCGAACCUCAUCCAAUCAAGGGAAUUUGGACGAGGCGCCUUCAUCCUCUCGUUCUCGACAGUGAUUCACUUACUCCAGAAAGACAUAGUUUGACACCUGGAUCAACCAUUGAAGUUAAAUCGCGGUGCUAUCUGAUCGAAGAAGAUACCAACUCGUUUAAGCUGAAAAAAAUAGAAGAUUGGAUAGACAAACCUGGAGAUUCGGUGAGCCAAAAACAGUAUUCAGUUCGGCUGGGCGACGGGAAGGUCAUUCGAGCGUGGAAUUUAGCAUUGUGUCCAUUCACGCCAAGUGAAUGUUCCGAUCUUGAGUUAAAUCAUACCCGCCCCUAUCCUGGAUUUUGCGUCGGAGAUCGAUUUGAAUUAGUUACAACAGCUGUUCACGCCUAUGGAAAAAAAGGGAGUCCACCUCUUAUUCCGAAUGAUGCAUCACUGUUUUUCGAGAUUGAGAUUUUAUCACAAAAAGCCGUGGAAACGGUGAUGGACUGUAUCAAAAUCGCGCUAUCAGAAAAAGACAAGGGAAAUUUAAAUUUCAAAAACGGUAGUCUCAAAGAGGCUGAAUUACAUUACAAGUGCGCCCUUGAGAAGCUUAAUUUUGUCUUUGCAACCUCAGAAUCACAAAAAGAUAUGAUUUCUAGCAUUAAGUUGACAUGCCAUAACAAUCGCGCAGCCUGCCAACUGCAACUCAAAAAUUUCACCGAAGCUAAACAAAGCUGUGACAAAGUCCUAUAUUUAGAUCCAUCGAAUGUCAAAGCCUUUUACAGGAGAGCUCGAGCUCACUGCGAAAAACACGACUUUGAGAGAGCAAAAAGAGACAUCAUACGGGCAAUUAAAAUAAAGCCAGCUGAUCUAACACUGAGAAACGAACUAGAGAAAAUUAAGCAGUUAGAGGCAGCAGACAAUGAGAAAUUAAAAUUGACCUACUCUAACCCAAAAAUAUUGUCUUAGUAAUGAUAAUUCCGUAUAUCUCUGAUAUUCGAGGGUAUGGAUUGAGAAAAAUGGCUAUUGUCUAUCUCCUUGCCCCUCCUUUUCACGUGAAGCACUCAAGACGACUCGAAGCAAACAUACACAGAGACUUCAUCAUUCUACGAUAAGACUCUUUUGACAUAUAACGUAAAGUUAACAUCGGUUGCCUAAUGUCAAGUCUACGAAUUUGGAAUUUUCUAUUAUUCUAAUUUCGACUCUCUUUUUUCAAACCACUACACACCUAAAACCUAAACCUAGGGAUGACUUAAUCCCACGAUAUCCCUCCCCCUCAAACUCCCUGUUCUGAAAAACAUAAAUCGAAGCUGUACUGAACACUGAAGCAAAAAAUAUACAUAGAAUCAUCCGAAUAUAAAUGCCAAUGUAUGAAAAAUAAAUAGGAAAACCAGAUGAUGACACG